AUAAUCUUGCAUUUUUUUGGGAAAAGCAUAGGGUGAUGGAGUCCUAAGCACUGGCUGCGCUAAAUUCUUUAUAGAGUUUAGUAGCCCAGAGACCGUGCUUUAGGCCGCAUUUGAAAUGCCUAUCACUAUGAGGUCUACAUCUUUCGAGAUGAUUACCUAUACGUGCUAACCCAAAAAGAUCACGGACCAUGCAGGCAUUGCGGGCUAUGAAGCCAGGCUGGACGCUGUAGUCAUGCUGACUGCUAAAAGAAUUCUUUUAAUUAAGUUCUACUUAAUUAAACGAUGAAUUCUUGCAAAAUAUGACACAUAUCUUGAACUUGGGAUAUUUCAACACAUGAUGGAGAUCUAGGCUUUGGCUGCAAUAAGUUCUUGGAAUUUAUUUGCCCUGAGACCAAGCUUUUAGACAGCAAAAUGUUAUUUGCCCAUCAGUAAGAGGUCUACAUCAUAUGGUCAUGAUGAUUACCUAUGUGUUCUCCCAAGUAGAUAUAUUGGAGAUGUGAUGUUGGUUAUUCACCUUUAUGGUGAUUUCCAUUUUAUUUUUGAAAUUUUGGUCAAACACAGGGUAGUGGAGUCCUAAGCAUUGGCUGCGGUAUGUUCCUUGAAUAUAUCAGCCCAGAGACCAUGCUUUCAGGCAGCAAAAGUUUUGCCCACUACUGGGAGAUCUACUCCAUUGUUUCAUUAAAUGGAGAUUAUCUACGUUGUGUACACCAAUUUUCAAAAAUCUAUGGUACACUUUAUGUGAUACCUGAAAUUCUCCAACAUAUAAAGAUAUGAUAUAUUUUGCGGCAAAGUUGCAAAAGCAAACGAAAAUGGUUAAGCCAUUUGGAGGAUAAUUAUUUAAUAGAGUUUGAUGAACUCGCCUAAUGGGCUUAAUUAUCCUUAAUGUUCAUUGCAUAUGUUCAUUUCAUUUUUGCAUGAUAUGGGAAUUCACCUCUUCAUUUUGGAGGAAAUAAGAUGCUUUCUUUCUCUUAUGGUUCUUAUGAAAAGAACUGAUGUGCUUUUGCGGCUUGAUACGCAAGCGCAAAAAGAAUAGCAAAGAAAAUCAUAAGACUUGUGGACUUAUGAGUAUGUGUCUACAUUAUGUUGUAGACUAACACUUUGUAUUCAAAUAUUUUUGCUUGAAAGCAAAUAUAUAAGCACAUUAAAAAGGGAAGGGCAACGAGUAUGACAAACUCUUUUGUCAUUACACUAUACGUGGUAUAGUGUUGUAUGCCUAAGCAUCUAAUCAUGUAUAUGAAAUCCCAAUAGAUGCAUACUACUCAUGAAAGCUAAGAUAUGAAGUGUACUUCAAUCUUCCAUCUCACAUGAUGACAGUGGUUAGUUGUGUAAAUCAUGAUUUGGACUAAUCAUGUAACAACACUUCUUUUUCUAAGAGAAGACCAUUUUGUUAGAUGAUUUGCUUUUGAGUACUAUUUAAAUGAUGCAUGAGAUUUGGUAUAAUCUCAUAAUUGAUGUUGUGAUAGGUUCAACUCAUGUGAUGUGAGUUGAACACACUCAUGUGAAUUGAGUGUAAAAACUCAUAUGAAUUUGAGUUAAACAAACUCAUCGAUUGGAGUUGAUCACUCAUGUGAUUUGAGUUGAACAAACUCAUCGAUUAGAGUUGAACCAACUCAUCAAGGGAGUUGAAGACUCAUUAAUUUGAGUUGUGCAAACUUGUACAAGGAUUCUUCCAAUUGAGGAAGAAACAUGCAAUGUGGAGAAUUGAACCACAAACUCUAUAUAUGGGGAAACAAAAUAUUCUGAUUUUCCUUUGGAAAGAGGAAAUAAUAUUUUGACAAUCGCUUCAUGCGAUAUCAUGAUAUGUUAAUAUCUAGUCCCCUUUUGGUAAUGGAAGUAUCAAGGAUGUGUUGAUAUAUCCUAAUUUAUCUUACCAAAUUAUAGAGAUAUCCAUACAAUUACUAUCAUGUGGAAACACAAGGUGAUAGUGAUGGAUAUUGCAUAUGUUUCUCAGAAACAUUUCUUAUGGACUGUAUUCUACAUGCAUCCUCCCAUACAAAGUGUUGCAUAUGUUAUAACUUUUCAUGUGAUGAUACUUACCAUGCUGGGUAAGACUGAAUUGGUAAUUCCAUUAUUGGGAUGAAAUGAAAAGUUAUGGACAAUUCUGUUGGUCAUGUUUUUCCCAUAAGAUGGAUACUUGAUGAGUAUCAUUGGAAAUGAGAUUUUAAGUCCCUCUUAUCUUAAAAUCUGAUCUGAAUUGGUUAAGUUCUUUGAAUUAUUUCAAAGGAACGAGUGUGGUCUAUUACAGAGAUUGUAUGGACAUUGAAGGCUUUAUAUGGUUAUUUGGUGCAUCUAUAUGAUGACCUGAAGUGUGUCCUUUGGACAACACAUGACCAUUAAGUAAUAAUGUCUCAAGCUUGAGCACAUUAGCCUCCACACUACUGAAUUCACCAAAUAUGCUUACAAUAAUGAUUGUUUGUCUUGCUAUUCAGAAUGAUAUCCAUAAAGGAUAUGAUGAAUCUGUGAUAGAUUCGAAAAUUUUAGAUCAUUAAUGACCAUCCGUAAUGAAUUGUCAUUUCCAACUGGUUAUGGUUGGAGUCAGGAAGCUUUUGCACGCUCCUGACUUGUGAUUAACUGCAUGUACUGCAUGUACAAGUUCCCCUAUGGUUUUUAGUACGUGGGAAUCCGUGAAAGAUUUCCCAUGCGUACAUUGGGUAUGUUCCCAAUCUCACCACCGCAACGUACAUAUAUGGGCACACAGAAAACUGGGGAUCUAUGUGAGAAUUCAUUCUCCGUCGAUCAUUAAGUUUUAGAAUCUCUUCAUGAGAAUCUAUUUACGGCCCGUACGCUUGCUUGAAUCAUGAGCUUUUCCAGGCAUUAGGGGGAGAUUUCAAGUACCAAAAAUGAAUGCCAGGAAAUUAUAAUGAAUGCAGUAAGCAUUCAGGCUCAGGAUCACGUACUAAAACUGAACCUUUGGGUUCGAAUGAUUUGCAAGAAGUUGCAAAUUAACUGCCAUGUGCAUUUACUAUGAGGUGUCACUCAAAUUAAUCCUAUGUGGAAGUGCCAGAAAGAGUGGUUAAAUGGAACACCACUAAACUCCCUAUUGCAACGUUGUUGUAAAUAAGAGGGGGAGAAGUAUGGUCACAAAUUGGAAUUAAGAUGCUUGCAAGCAGCUGAAGGCUAUGCCUUCUGAGAUAGUAAAUGCAGACCAACUAUUCGUUGGUAACCAACCUAGUGUUGGUAGACACCUAGAGGAUAUGGAUUAUCCUGUGAAUGGAAGACAUUCACAACCUAGCUCAGUGCGCACUAUUGAGGCUAGGUUAUCGGAAGCCCUUGAUUCUCGUUUUGGGAUUUCACGAGGAAUCAUAAGGGUACAUAAAAAAUGACUUUAUGUCAACUGGAGAAUUGUGUUAUUUAAAAGCUACAAGUGUCGACACAUACAUCUCAGCAAUUGUAUAUGCGCUCCAAGUGAUCCAAAAGACUAUGGCCAUAGCAGAGCACGAGUAUGCUCAAAUUGGAUCUUGUUGAGUGAUACAAUGUUGCAGAGAUAGCCUUGCUCACCGGAAAGAAGUGUUAACUUAUUUUCACUUCAAGGUAUCUUACUGUGGAUACAAGUUUGUUUUCAUGGACUUGGAAACAAUGAGGUGGUGAGAAAGCAUGGCUAGUAGCAACUGGGUUUAUACGCAAACCCAAGCAUUAUUUUAAUGCUAUAAAUUCUCCUCUACUGUGAGUAGUUAAAUUCCGAUACAAUAAUAUGGGCAGUAAAUCAUCUAUCUGUGUAGUUGAUAGAUGUAGUGACAACAUGUGCAUAUGUGGUCACUGGAUUAUAGUAUUUAUGGAGUUUUGAAGGAUUCCAAAUACAUAAUCACCAAUCACAAAUUUGCAAUGCUUGGAAAGUCUUUGUGACUUAGAGCAUCCUGGUCAAAUAUGGUACAUUUGACCUAGUGAAUCCUUCCUUCUGAAAGGAUACACAAAGUAUGGUAUGUUCAGUGUAAAUAUGUGCAACAUAUUUUAAACAUACAUUACUUAUCAACGGAGUUCGAGAUAGAGGAUAUGAAUUGAAAGAGAUUUUCAAUUCAAACUAAACUAUCUUGAGUAUCUUGGAUACAAAGUUGUCUAUAUCCAACGUAUAUUGAAGAAAUUCAAUAUAAUGGAAUCAUAGUCAUUUGAUUCUUUCAGAUCAUGAGAUGUGCUAUUGUAUCUUGCAAGAGCAUCCGGCAGGAUAUUGCUUUGCAAUGAUUUGCUAGCUAACAGCACAUGAGAUCGAGUUAUGAUCUCCAGGUGUACUCAUGCUCUCCUUAUGUUUGGAUAUAUUGAUCUUGGAUAUCUAUAGAAGAUCCCCAGGUACAAGAUCAAAUGACAUACUUCUGGUAAGUUGGACCUACUGUUUGAUAAAUGUUAAUCAACAGAGAUUAAUGGUCACUUACACUAAUCAUUCUAUAGUACACUUCGUGGGAUUGUACAGAAUGAUAUACUACAUACAGAGGGUAUGUGGUGGUCAUGAUUUUAUAUCAGUGACCUUAUUAUCUAUGAAGAUAAUAUUACUUUGUGUUGUUUAGAUGAAAAACAAGUUACGAACUAAGUCUCUACUUACUCCACAUUUUAGAUGUGUUUGAGAGCAGGUAUGGGAUGACUUAGUGUUUUGUAAAGAUCAGGGGGAGUUUCCCUCUUGAUCGAAAGAACUUGUUUAUACAUCAUGUUGUACUCUUUUCUUCGCAUGAGUUUUUCCCUGCUUGGGUUUCUCAUUCAAAGUUUUUAACGAGACAACAUCAACACAAGGUCUAUGUCGUAUCAUCUAUUUUUCCCGUAGAGGUUUUCAAGGAUGAUACAUUAUGACAUAGUUAUUGUUGUAUUUGAACUAGGAUAUGAGUUUAUAUCCCUAGAGUUCAAAUGGAUCAACAAUAGAGUAUGACUACUCUCCUUAUUUUUCCCGUUGGGUUUUUAAGGAGACUCGGCUGAUAUGUUGAUUUCUCAGAUUUUCUGACUAGAUUAUCUUGGAGAAAUAUUAGCCUGAGUUAUAUGUCUCAUCAUUUAUUUUCCCCACGGGGGUUUUUGCGAUGAUGGCUAUAGACAUAUUAUUGUUCUUUGGGCUAGAGGUCCAUUGGAGAACAAUGUCGUAUUGUGGCUCAAUUGAACCAUUGACCAUUAUCCAUAAGGAUAAUUGAGUUUGUGUUGUUCAGAUGGAAACAGGAAAAUAGAGAUAUGAAUAUCUUGCAAACAAAGUCAUGUGAUAAUCUUGUUGAUCUAUUCACAAAAUCUCUACCAUACUCCACGUUUCAGAAAUGUGUUGAGGGGAUUGGUACGAGAAGACUUAAGUGCUUGCAAGAAUCAGGGGGAGUAAUUCUCCAUGAUAUUUGACCUGUUUUGAACCAUCAUAUUACACUCUUUUCUUUGUAUGAGUUUUGCCUUAUUGAGGUUUUCUCAUCCAAAGUUUUUAACGAGGUAAUAUCAACUAAGCUAUAUGCUUCAUCAUUGAUUUUCCCCACAGGGUUUUUUUUUACGAAUGAUGAUUACAAGCAUAUUUUCUUUUGGAGUUCGUGUGAGAUUAUUCUCAUUAUCCAAAAGACAUUGUGUACUCCUUAUUUUUCCCACAGGGUUUUUGAGGAGAUAAGAUCUUGGAAGAACAUCUGACAGAUCAUCAAAUGAAGUUGGAUUGAUCAAGGGGGAGUGUUACAAAAUAUUAUAUAUGUGAUCAAUCCAAGGGGUGCGACAGUUUUCCCAAGGGACACACCUCUUGGGAUACACCCCUUCACUUGUAUAUAAAUGUAAUGAUCUGUGGAAUACAAACGACAGUCCUGUCAUUUGUCGCUUCUCUCUGUCUCUCUCCACUGAGUUAGCCACUGAGUUAUAAUAACCACGACGUUAACAACGAUAUCUUGCCCUGCAUCGCUUUCUUCGGCCGCGCUGUUUCGACAUAUUCCAUUCUAAACCCCAGCUAAUACGCCAGCCAGCCCAGGAGCCAAGCCCUAGGCCCUACUCACUGUGGACCCCAAAUCCCCAACUGCUCCUCUUCCUCGUCGUCUUCCUCUCCGUCCCCGUCCCCGUCCCCCUCUCGGCCUCCCCCUCCACUAGCCCCAAAUCCUCCGUCUCCUCCUGUCCCUCUCCGCAUCCACCGGACCCCACCGGGAAUGGCGGUUUGAGUAAGUUCCCGUACCAGGGUUCUUCGGUCUGGGAGGCCGAGGGGACACCGGGUCGGAGUGAGGGGCCGCCAUGGCGAGCGACGUGCCCAUGACCCCGGAGCUCGAGCAGAUCGACGGAGAGAUCCACGAUAUCUUCCGCGCCCUCCAGUGAGUUCAUGACUUCCCUCCCUCGCCUCUGCUGCUUUUGGACUGCGCCCUGGAGAAGCGGCAGGCGCCCGACGGGUCAGCGGAGAGGUUGCCGCGCGCUUUCCACUUGCUCUGGGCCAAAGGAUAUUUUUUUUUUAAAAAAAGCGAAUCGUUCGUGGCUGGAAGAGUAAAAGGUUUGCUACAACAGGGGGUAAAUCCGCGUUACUGCGUUAGGAUCUAGGAGCUUCAGCCAGGAGGACCACUGAAGCAACAACAAAAUUGUGGGCCAAGCAUAUUAAUUUUGGUGCCAAGACACUCAUGGUCCUUCAAGAUGGGUUUUACACUGCUAGUAAUGUAUUUAGAAGGCUGUUCCUGUUCCCUUGUUUGUCUAAGAUGCAUCUGACACUGCCAGUAAUGUACAUGGUGCACAGUUUCGUAUUUGUAACGCUUCUAAGCAUCCCUGCUGCAUCAAGUGGUAAUGCAAGUUUAUUACUGCCUAAUUUGUUGCCACCACUGUUCAUACCUGAAUCAGGUAUUGGAAUCGAUAUAUCAGAUUCUGCAGCUGCUGUAUUGGUUUAUCGUGUCUCCUUUUUUCACAUAAGCCAAAUUCAUACCUAUACAAGUUACAUACAUCAAAGUUGCAAAAUAUAUAAAAAACGCUUUUGUAGGAUUAGACCUAUGCAGCACGAGCAUGGAUACGUGUAUCUGUAUCCAGUGGAUACACAUACAUGUAUUGGUAUCAAGUGGAUACAGAUACGCAGAUAGCAUUUCCCCCAAAUCACGAUAUGUCGAUAUGUUUUAGUGUUCUUUUAAUAACUAUAAAUAGUUGUGCAUAUUAAAAUAAUAGAACCAGUGUUGCAGUAGCAGACAAAAGGAACAUAGAACUACAUUUCUUGCUCAAGUGUGGCAGGGGGAGGCUUGGUUCAUGCAAUUCAAGCUUCUUUUCCCUUUUCUUUGUUCUCUUGCAAUAUCAGCAGGCCUAGCGCUAGUGCUAUGACUACGCACGUUUGUUGCUACCAUCUACUCAUGGUGGCUGGAAAAAUCAAGAACUGAGGAGACUAUCGGGGAGACAGGUAGAGCCGAAGGGGAACGGAGAAGACCUAGGUCGAGAACAGGAUGACUAGUUCGAGAAUAUGAAGACUAGGUUGGGAAUGGAAAGACCAAAUAAGAAUAAACUCACAGGUGGCUGUGGCGUGGUGAAGUCAUCACGGCUUGCGGGUAUGGUCAUGGUGCAGUGGGGGAGUUUUGUCGCUAUCAGGGGAGUGGGAACUUGUUGCUACCAUCUACUCAUGGUGGCUGGAAAAAUCAAGAACUGAGGAGACUAUCGGGGAGACAGGUAGAGCCGAAGGGGAACGGAGAAGACCUAGGUCGAGAACAGGAUGACUAGUUCGAUAAUAUGAAGACUAGGUUGGGAAUGGAAAGACCAAAUAAGAAUAAACUCACAGGUGGCUGUGGCGUGGUGAAGUCAUCGCAGCUUGCGGGUAUGGUCAUGGUGCAGUGGGGGAGUUUUGUCGCUAUCAGGGGAGUGGGAACUCAUCAUGGUCUGUGGGGUUGCCAGUGGAGGCUUGUCUCCGCGGUGGUCGUGGUGGAGUUUCCUCACCAGUGUCUCUUCAGCGGCUGGAGAUGUUUGCCCAUGUGGGUGGUGGGCUGGCGGCACGAGAUUGAUCGGGGUUGUCGCAUGCAUGCAGUAGAACGUAGGGUUAAAAGGGCAGUUAUUGGGCUGGAGCAACCAGCCAGAUACGUGUUGGCCGACGUAUCACAUAUUUCUGUAUCUAUUUUUACUGUUAUUUCUCUGAUAAGUAUCUAUCACACAUCGGAGCCGUAUCUGUAUUAGGUACAUAUCUGAUACGGGAUACAGACCCUGCCACACGUAUCCAUGCAUCAUAGGGUUAUACUAUGUCUUUCCUUGACACUACUGAGCUUGAAUUCUUAGAAUUGCUCUUUGUCUGGAAAUCCAUGCUUAACUUAUUUUCUAAAAGGAAAGCUUACUUUAUUUGGUGAUUACAUGACAAAUAGUUGUCCAGGUGGAUAUUUAGUUUUGGAAAUGUUAGCUUGAAUGCCAAUCUCAUUCUUGAAUGACAUUAUGACUUAGGUACUGUUGGUUGAUCUGUGCUUAUGGCAGUUAGAUGAUUCAAUUUAAUGAACUGGACUGAUGUUAUCUUUUCUACCUUUUUUUGGUCACUGGGAGACGAUUUAUGGAUUGUUUUGAAUAUGUCAACUGUCACUGAAACUUAAAGGUUUCAGACCAUAUUCGAAGGGUCGGGGAUGCAUUUUGAUGCUUGCCUUGUUAUUGUAAAUAAAUAUUGAUUUGAUUAAAAAUGGAAUAUCUAUCCUUGCCCCUCCCAAUUUAUAUUAGUCAUCGUAAAUGUUGCAACUUGCAAGCAGUUUUUGGCAGGCUUGGAUGCCUGCAUCCUUACUAUGAACUAGUAUUGGCAUCCGUAGUCCAUUUCUUGUGUGAGAUCAACCUGAGUUUUGAGUUGCAAUAGCAGUAUGUUCACCACCUUUAUGUGACUUGAUCAGGGACACCUCUUACGCUUGUGAGUUGAUGUAGAUUUUGGAACUCCUUGUUUAACUCUUUUGAUCUCAUUCAAAAAAUGGAUUCCAAAAGAUGGAUAAGAUUAAAGAUUCAAAUAGGCAAGCUAAGCAAUUGGAAGAUCUUACUGUGAAAAUGAAGGAGUGCAAGCGCUUGAUCAAAGAGUUUGAUCGCAUUCUCAAAGAUGAGGAGUCAAAUAAUCCACCUGAGAUCAACAAGCAGCUAAAUGACAGAAAACAGUUCAUGAUCAAAGAGUUGAAUUCCUAUGUCACCUUGAGGAAAACAUACCAAAGUAGCCUUGGUAACAACAAUAAGAGGGUUGAGCUCUUUGAUAUGGGUGCUGGAAGUAGUGAGCCUGCUGCUGAGGACAAUAUUCAAAUGGCAUCAGCCAUGACAAAUCAACAACUCAUUGAUACGGGAAGGAACCAAAUGGACCAAACAGAUCAAGCUAUUGAACGUUCAAAAAUGGUCGUAGCACAAACUGUUGAGACUGGAGCUCAAACUGCUGCGACAUUAACACAGCAAACAGAGCAAAUGAAGAGAAUUGGUAAUGAGCUAGAUACUGUCCACUUCUCACUGAAGAAAGCUAGCCAACUAGUGAAGGAGAUUGGUCGCCAGGUUGCGACUGACAAAUGUAUCAUGGCAUUCCUCUUCCUGAUCGUUUUGGGUGUGAUUGCUAUCAUUGUUGUCAAGAUCGUCCAUCCGAAUAACAAAAACAUUCGAGACAUUCCAGGGCUGGCCCCGCCUGCUCAAAACUAUCAGAUUCACAACAGGAGAUUGUUGUGGGCAGAAGCUUCCAUAGGCAUGUGAUGGCUCUGAAUGUAGGCUUCAUGUGGACGCACUGCCUGCGAAGCAGCAGCUAUCCAUAGGGCGAAAGAUACAUAGUAACAAUUCUUUGUGCCUGUAUAUCUAUUUUGUCUUGUUAACUCCGAGCCCUAGGUCUGUAUUCCUGCGUCUGGUGUUUGUACACCGCUGGCCGUUUGGCUGUGUAUAUGGUACAGAGAUGAGAUCUUAAAACCAAACCAGUAAUUAUGACAAAUACUUGAAAGAGCUACAGUACCGAAAUACUCCAGUUGGUACUCGCUGCACUUCAUGGGCGAAUAUAUAAAGGGUGCCGGUUGGGCCGUGUAACACAUUCUGAA